UCAAAGGGAGGGGAACACAAUAAAUCAGCUAGAGCUAGAGAGAGAGAGCGACUAAAAGGAUUAUCAUGCAUUAGUUCAAGAGAAUAUCUCUGUCAUCCCAUUGCCAGCUGUCGUCUAAGAAGGCUCAAUGUUUCUCCACAGGGUAACACAAUUAAUUGCUCUUCGUUGUGACUGUUUCCAACCAAGACAUCUGCUCUUUUUUACUUACCAGUGGACUACUUGAAUUUAAACUUCUCAACAAGACUGCAAGAAUACAGGCUGCCUGUCUGGGUAGUGAAGCCAUGAUUAAAAGCUUUGACAUACAAGGUUUUGGGUUCAAUGCGAAGUGUCACAUGGAAAUGGGCAGUGACUCUUCAACAUCUUGUAACUUGUCGAAAUUAUCAUUUGGAAAUACCGAUCUUCAUUGGAAAUGAGUGACUACUUCAGAUCAAGCAUAUGAACAAACCUUCGUUGAUGACAUUCUCUUGUGGAGUUCUAGAUCUUCUUUAACUGGAUGGUAUCCUGAGGAGAUUUAUCCGAAAAUGUUGGAAGAUUAGCAUGAGUGAUGAUCUUAUGCCUCCCCUGUGAUCUCCAAUGAACCCCUGUCUCUUGGAAAACCUGACUGAGAUGGAAACAGUUGGAGGUCAAUAGCCUGGCAGCAAUCAAUAUUCUAUCGGGUAUGUUAAGACAACUACUUCAUCAGGCCAAUGGACAUGAACUCUAGGUCGUCAGCCCUAGAAUUUAAAGUGUGUUGGGGCCGGGUAGGUUUUAAAUGGUGUUAAUAACAGAGGAACUUAGUGAAGUUUCAAAGAUUCAGGAGAAUGGAGUUUCCGGAGGCAUCAGACUUGGUGAGAUUCCGUUCAGAACUGAUAAAGGGGCUAUGGAUAUACCUUCAAUGCCCAUCACCACUAUUGAUGAAAUUGGGGAAGAGAGUGAUGUGUCAGUAGAGGAAUGUAACGAGGAUCCUGAAGCGGAUUUUACGCGAAACUAUUGGGAGGAUGAGGAUGAGAUCUACCAGGAGUUUGAGGAGUUGGACUUUGAUUCCCUCCCGGAUCACUCGGACACACACAGUGUUGCCUCAGACGAUUCUUUCUAUCCUCCAGACAGUCCAUUUCAGACUGACCGCCCCCCGAGCCCUGACAGCCCCGAGCCUAUUUCAUUCUAUAAGGCCUGCUGCAACAACAACUCCAUCAUAGUCAAGAUUAUGAUCAGACAAGGAGUGACCGAAGAGGAAGUGAAAGAGACGGAUCAUAACAAAAGAUCUGGUCUGAUUGUUGCGUGCUACCUUGGCUACAUGGAAAUUGUCAUCGCCCUGUCCCAGUGCCCCUAUCUGGACAUUAACUGGCAGGACAACGAGGGCAACACCGCUCUCAUUACUGCAGCACAAGCAGGUUAUUGGUACAUCGCAAACUACCUGCUCAAUUACUUUCCAGGGAUGGACAUGGAGAGGAGGAACUGUCACGGUUUCACAGCGCUGAUGAAGGCUGCCAUGCAGGGCCGGGCCGAGUGUGUCAGGACUCUCAUGCUGUCUGGAGGCGAUAUUCAGGCUCGGGACAAUGGCCGCCAGUUGACACCCAGGGAGUGGGCUCUCUUCACCGGUCGAUAUGAGACGGCCUAUCUGAUGCAACGGCUGAUAGCAAGGCCCUGUGCUGAGCAGUUCUGUGACUCCUUCUCCCUGGAGUGGCCCAUGUUGGAGGAGCGGGCGGCCCAGUCCGAGGAGCCGAAGUCCUGCAAGAAGCGGUUGAUGGUCUUAUUUUCGUGCUGCCCUUAUAGGUUUUACAUUAAUAAUAAGGUAGACCCUGUCGAUGAUGGAGUUUUUGAGCACAUGGUCCAGGUCACCACCAGCAUCUGCUCUCCGGUCAUGGCCACAGCUUGUCACACGGUGUGUCCAGGCAGCCCCCCGUGUCUCGGGAAGCGUCGUCAGGCCGUGCAGGAGAUCCUGCGGAAGCAACGGGUUUCUGAGCUGAAGCGCAUGGGCCCGGAACGACUGAACAACUACAAGACAUUUUUCCAGAACUCCAAGGUCCUUCUUAUUCCCAAAGUGCUGGAUCGGAGGGCCAGCCUGCAGCCUCUGCUAAAUGACGUGGCCACGUUGGCCAUGAGGCGAGCGAGCCUCCUGCCUCUGCAUCUGCUGAGGAGGAACAGUGUGCGGCCAGGCAUGGUGGUGCCAAAAUUGAGGCUCUGCAAAUCCCCGUCUUCAAGCUACUUACCCGAAAUACUCAAACGGAGAAGCAACCACAACCAGCUACAGAUCCCCAAGUGGAACUACAAGAUGAAGAGAAUAGAGAGGAGGCAGGAGGAGGAGAGGCAAAAACUGUUACCUCAGAUAAGGAGGAGAUGAGGGAAAUGGGAGUACUGGUGUCUUGUUCGAAAACCCUGACAAUACUUUACGCAGUUCUAGGAAAACCUGAAUGAAGAAAGGAUUCCGUUGAUGUAAAUAUAACUGAAAAGGUUCAAUAUGGGUUUCUCACCAUUGUUGGAGUUGUUGCCUUGUUUCCUAUUUAGUUCAAACUAUGUAUUUGUGAGGCAUUAUUAACAUUUGGUGCUAUGUGGGAGAUACAGGAUUUCAGGGGGAGACAAAUCCACAUGCAGUAUAGUAUGUGUUACUCUUGACAGUGUGUUAGGGCGAUUAUAGGCUAAAACGAUAUUUAAAAAAAUACAGAGCUGGGGAAGGGGGGGUUAAGUGAACAUAUGGUUGCUUGACAAGUAUCCCAACUAAUUAUGAUUUCUUUGUAAACGUCUGAGUUUUCCUCCCCUCA